AUGGGUCUCGUCGACUACUCCGACUCCGACUCCGACCCCGACCAAGCUCUGUCCGAGCCCGAGCCCAAGCGCCGGAAAUCCUCUACCGCCUCCGCUCCAUCCCGCACAUCCACCACUGAAACCACUCCCCCAACCGGUCGGAAACCUAGUCUCCCACCCUUACCAGAUCACUUCCAUGACCUCUACGCCUCGACAGUACGCCAAAGCGUCGUCGAUGACCCUUCCCUCCACCAUGGCCGGAAGCGUCUCAUUCCACAUGUGGUAGGGAAUUGGCCUUCUCAUGUGUACAUCGAGUGGCAUCCUUCGGCAGAGGAACAUCGCACCCUCGUCUCCCUCAUUCAACAUGCCCAAAAGAAGCUAAGGGGCGAGGCGACUCUCACAUCGCUCUUGACGAGUGACCUCGGCGCUCCUCUCCCCUUGCACAUCAGCCUCUCACGACCCUUAGCACUCACCACCGCGCAAAAGGAUCGUUUCCUUGAAGCUAUCACGACGGGGAUCCGCUCGUCUCUCGUCGCCCCAUUCUACGUAAAACCGCACACCCUCAAAUUCUGGAAAUCCCCCGACUCAAACCGCACCUUUCUCGUCCUCUACGUCCACCCCUGUCCCGACCCCCAAAUCUUCUCUUCCCCCCCGCCGACGACGACUUCGAAAGCGCAAACCACGCCUCUAACGACCCUCCUCCACCGCUGUAACUCCACGGCCCGAUCCUUCGAUCUCCCCUUACUCUACCAAAAGAACGGCGGAAGCGGCCCGGAGACCGACGAGGAUGCGUUUCAUGUUUCGCUCGCCUGGACCCUUGAUGACGUUCCGGAGGGUGAGGAGGUGAUAGGUUCCCGUGAUGAGCGGGACGAUAAGGCGCCGUUGGAUGAGGUGCAUGGUUGGGCGGUGGCCGUUGCUGGCGUCAAGGUCAAGAUUGGGAAUGUUGUUACGCAUGUUGGGCUUGAAAAGGGGUGUGCCGGCGGAGAGGGUGAGAUUUUCAGCUGGUGA